CAUCCUGACCCACACCUCAACCCCAGACUCCCUAUAUUGAGACAUCCUUACCCACACCUCAACCCCAGAUUCCCUAUAUUGAGACAUCCUGACCCACACCUCAACCCCAGGCUCCCUAUAUUGAGACAUCCUGACCCACACCUCAACCCCAGACUAGACUCCCUAUAUUGA